AUGUUCAUCAUCACAUUUCAUCCAUUCGUUUCCUCACUAGUCCAGCUGUUUUCAGGGUCUGCGACUUUCACCGACCCAUUGGUAAAAUUGUUCGCUGAUAUAAAUUUUAAUAUACCACCUAAUGAUCCAAAAUUCUGGUCUGAUGCCAUUAAGCCGCGAAACAAUGUGUUAGGCUCAUCCCACGUACCGUAUAUGUUUCUUCCUAUUAUGGAUGAGGUAGUCGAUGGUCUUAAAACUAUCUUCUUACUCAUUGCGGUCUGUGAAAAAAUUGGGGACUACUCUUUCCUCGAAACAGUUGAUUCAAACUCUAUUUGUAUCUCUUUGGAUUCUCUCUUGAGCGAACAUUUUCGUCUUAAACUCAAUCACCAAGAAUCUUAUGUCUCGAAAAAUUGUUACAAAAUGGAUGAAUCAAGGACCACACUCAAAUCCUUGGAGUCACAAUUAAAACGUUUUGUUUGUGAACGAAGAAUGUCAGUUAAUCAACAGUUGUUGAAGUUAUUGCUUCUCUCGCAUAUGCGUGGGCCAAAUGGUUUGCGAACUGUAGGAAACUGCCUAGCUGUUGCGGGAGCAGUGUAUCUUUUUGGUGCUGGUGAUAAUAUGAACGAUUUCGCUCGCCAGUGUUUCAGGAAUAUUGCAUUUUCAAGAGCCAAGAAGCUGGACCUUGUUGAGCUCACCGCUAAUCUACAGAGUCAGUUAAGUGGUACUUUCAGGAACCGUCAUGUAUCUCAUUCACUCCUGCAUCUAGAGUCUCCUUUCUUCACAUUUGAUCUCCUUAAUAUGGAUCAACCAGUUGAUGAUCGACCUAUGGAACUGACUUUUGAUUUGAUUGGUAAUUUAAGACUUAAUUAUCAUCUGGACUGGCCAGCGAAUAUCAUUUUGGAUGAAAACAGCGUUGGAAUUUAUAACGAUGUCUUCAUUUUCUUGCUUCAGAUUAAAUACGUUAAAUGGAGUCUUGAAAACUUACAUUUCAGCACUCCAGAGAAAAGAGUUUCAACUUGUUUCCCCAUCAACCACUAUCUUAUCAUACUACGUAUAAAAAUGUUGUUUAUCUUCACAAGCCUACAUGAUUUCUUGGCACACAGGAUUGAAGCUAUCCGAACUCGAUUUUCAUCUAAGUGGUGUCUUCCUGAAUUUUAUUCUACUACAUCUAUCAAUCACAAUAUCCCCGAAACAAAUACUUUCUCUGAUCUUGUGCAAGAUCAUAAAAAUUUGCUCAAUGAAUUACAGUCCGUGUGCCUAUUAACCGAAUCUACUUCGCUUCUUUUUACAGAGAUAUAUAACCUUUGCAAUAUGGGCCUUCAGCUACGAGAAUUAUGGUUAAAAAGCCUUUUAUCUCCAAACUAUGAAACUUCACGUUUUACACGAAAAAUUGAGUUUCUUUCUGAGCAAUUUGACAAUCAUGUACAGUUCCUUUCGACAAUGCUAACACGCGCAGUACGUUUGAGUACUGCUAAACAGCUUUUGUACCUAUCAAGUUCUUUUAAAACUGCGGCCUCGUUUCCUACAAAUAUUUUUAAAUUAAUUCCUUCCAAAUGA